GUGUGUAUGUGUGCGUGUGGAUGAAGGCUGCGAUUGUAACUUGUGCUAUCGAAAAGGCAGCAUCACCGCGCGCUCUGCCUCCGCAGCGAUUCGCUCUUUCAGCAGCCGAUGGUUGUCCCUCACUGAGUCAACAUCCAGAGAACAGUUAAUUUCCUUAAAUAGCCUCCGCAGGGCAUGAACGUAGGAUUCUUAUCCAGCUGAAUUUCGGAUUUAAAGCGGGGAGAGGAGAGCGUUUGUUCCCUGGACAUCAUUUGAAGUCAUGCCAGUCCCAGAACAGCCUGCCGAAGCAGAGAAUGCCACCAUGCUCAGUCCAGGACUGAAUGCUUCUAAUGAUGAUGGAUCUGAGACUGAGACCACCUCUGCCAUUCUGGCCUCUGUGAAAGAGCAGGAACUGCAGUUUGAAAGAUUAACUCGAGAGCUGGAGGCGGAACGUCAGAUAGUGGCUACUCAGCUGGAGCGAUGCAAACUGGGAUCUGAGACAGGUGGCAGCAUGAGCAGUAUCAGUUCAGCCGAUGAGAAGUAUCGCUGGAAUACCCAAGAUGGACAGAAAGACAUUGAGGAGGAACUAAACACAGGUCUGGAACUGGUGGACUCGUGUAUCCGCUCCCUACAGGAAUCUGGGAUCUUGGAUCAUCAAGAAUACACCACAGCUGACAGACCGAGUCUGCUCUCUCAGAACUCACUGCAGCUCAGCUCGAACCCAGAGGGCUCCCUCCAGUACUCCGCCAGCUGCCAUAGUAACCAGACCCUGGCCCUGAGUGAUUGCGUGUCCGCACCACAAUCUCAGCAGCCUCAACCCCCUCCACGCUCCAGCGGGCAGCCCGGAGGAGCUGUGCAUAGCUACAACCAGGUGACAUCUAACCGUGCGGCCCAGCUUGCGGCGGGCGACUCUUGUCAGAGCCAUGGCGGUGCCCUGCUGUCCGAUUCUCAGCACCCCUCUGCAGCGUCCGGCCCGGGCCUGUACUACUCCUGCUCUACUCUGCCUGCCAAGCGCGUCAGCUCUCCCCUGAACUCAAUGCAGUCCACGGUGACCAGCGGAUCCCCGACUAAACUGCAGCGUCUGGGCUCGGCCUCCGACACACCCGGCUACGCCACCACCCAGCGCCUGCCCUCCUCGUCCUCCUCAGCCUCCCCCAAGCCUUCUCCAGGCAGGCUUGCAAAAUCCUACAGCAGUAGCUCACCGAUCAAUGCGGUGGGCAUCGGAGGAACGCCCGGUACUCACACUUCAGGCUCCCCUCACCGGUUGGCGUCUCCGCCCAAUAACGCGUCGCCUAUCUAUCAGCAGCUGCAGACCGCAGGAGUGUCGACUUACGCUACGCUUUCACCUACCAAAAGGCUGGUGCACUCAUCUGAGCAGUACAAGAUAUCCCACGAUCUCUACGCCACUGCCACUCUACAGAGACCUGGCAGCCUUGCUGGAUCUCGAGGUUCGUACAGCAGUCAGCAUGCUCACCUGGGCCCCGAACUGAGGCCCCUGCAGUCCCCCGAGCAUCACAUCGAUCCCAUAUAUGAAGACAGAGUCUACCAGAAAGUCCCCAUGAGAAGCUUGAGCCAGAGCCAGGGAGAAGCGCUCCCUCCGGGCCAUACUGGAACCUACCGGAAUAACACAGCCCCAUCCUCCCCUGGUGUUGACUCCAUACCCUUGCAGCGAACAGGAAGUCAGAAUGCCACAGGGACGUUUCCCAGAGGUGGCUACUCGUCCGGUCAGGGCGCCAAUUACACAGAUACUUACCGCACGUUGCCAUACUGCUCAUCAGUGGAGUCUCCCUACAGCAAGUCCGGCCCUGCCCUGCCACCCGAGGGCAACCUGGCCCGCUCGCCCUCCAUUGACAGCAUUCAGAAGGAUCCCAGGGAGUUCGGUUGGCGAGAUCCUGAGUUACCUGAAGUCAUUCAGAUGUUGCAGCACCAGUUUCCCUCAGUUCAGUCCAACGCAGCGGCAUAUUUGCAACACCUAUGCUUCGGAGACAACAAGAUUAAAGCUGAGAUACGGAGGCAGGGUGGUAUUCAGUUGUUGGUGGACCUGUUGGAUCACAGAAUGACUGAAGUACACAGGAGCGCCUGUGGUGCCCUGAGGAACCUUGUUUACGGCAAAGCCAAUGAUGAUAAUAAAAUCGCUCUGAAAACCUGUGGUGGGAUUCCUGCGCUGGUCCGCCUGCUGCGUAAGACCUCUGAUGUGGAAGUCAGAGAAUUGGUCACAGGUGUGUUGUGGAACCUGUCCUCGUGUGAUGCUCUGAAGAUGCCUAUAAUCCAGGACGCUCUAGCCGUCUUGACCAACACCGUGAUUAUACCCCAUUCCACCUGGGACGUGUCCCCACAUCAGGAGGACCGCAAGCUUCAAAUGCACACAUCUCAAGUACUUCGCAAUGCCACCGGCUGCCUGAGGAAUGUGAGUUCGGCAGGAGAGGAGGCCCGACGGCGGAUGAGAGAAUGUGAGGGUCUGACUGACACGCUGCUUUUCGUCAUCCAGACUUCCCUCGGAAGCAGCGAGAUUGAUAGCAAGACCAUAGAAAACUGUGUAUGCAUUUUGAGGAACCUCUCGUAUCGGCUUGCAGCUGAAACGUCUCAGGGACAGCAGAUGGGGACGGACGAGCUGGACGGCCUCCUGUGUAGCGAUUCCAGCGGGAAGGAAGGAGAGACCUCGGGCUGCUGGGGAAAGAAGAAAAAAAAGAAGAAGUCCCAGGACCAGUGGGAUGGUGUGGGACCACUGCCAGAUACUGCUGAGCCCCCCAAAGGGAUUCAGAUGCUGUGGCAUCCUUCGAUAGUAAAGCCCUACCUCACCCUCCUGUCUGAGUGCUCAAACCCGGACACGCUGGAGGGAGCCGCUGGGGCACUGCAGAAUCUGGCUGCUGGGAGUUGGAAGUGGUCAGUGUACAUCCGUGCGGCGGUGAGGAAAGAGAAGGGUCUGCCAAUCCUUGUGGAGCUGCUGAGGAUAGACAACGACCGUGUGGUGUGUGCCGUCGCUACCUCGCUCAGAAACAUGGCCUUGGAUGUCAGAAAUAAAGAGUUAAUCGGUAAGUAUGCCAUGCGAGACCUGGUGCACCGGCUCCCGGGUGGGAGCAAUGCUAGCGGAAGCAGCGGGGGUACGGCAAACAGCACAGCGGGUAAAACCAUGUGCGAUGACACCGUUACGGCUGUAUGUUGCGCCCUACACGAGGUCAUCACCAAGAACAUGGAGAACGCCAAGGCCUUACGAGACGCCGGUGGCAUUGAGAAGCUCAUCGGUAUUGCUAGGAGUAAAGGAGAUAAACACUCACCUAAAGUGGUAAAGGCAGCAUCUCAGGUUCUCAGUAGCAUGUGGCAGUACAGAGAUCUCCGGAGCCUUUAUAAGAAGGAUGGCUACUCACAGUAUCACUUUGUUGGCUCGGCCUCAACAAUAGAGAGAGACAGACAGAGACCGUACUCAUCCUCACGCACUCCGUCAGUAUCUCCAGUCCGGACGUCCCCUAAUAACCGAUCAGCCAGCGCCCCCGCCUCACCCAGAGAGAUGAUCAGCCUCAAGGACAGGAAGAACGACUACGGCUCCACUGGAACCAACGCCAGUUACCAUGGAAACAAAGGAGAGCUCACUUCCAGAAAAGACACAAUGGCAGUUCAAACCUCCUGUGGAACAUCCACAUUGUUCCGGAACUCGUACGAGACUUCAAGUGACGAGAUCAAACACAGCCAGGUCCCAGUGCCGCCCGCACCACAGGAGCCCCCGCGCAAGGACUACGAGGCAUACCCCAUCUAUCAAAACACCACUAGGAACUUUGAGGAGCCAUUUUUUGAGGAUCAGGUCCAUCGUCCCCCUCCCGCCACCGAUCUGAAUAUGCACCUGGGACUCAAGUCCACCAGAAAUUAUGUGGACUUCUACUCUGCCGCACGGCCCUAUAGCGAACUCAACUACGAAACGAGUCACUACCCCGCAUCCCCCGACUCUUGGGUUUAGGACUUUGAGCACAUAGAGGCCAGGAAACUGCAUGUGCAUGCAUAUCACAAAACCUUUUUCAGAGAGUUUUGUUAGUCUAAGCUGGUUCCAUGGCGAAUA